GUUUAUACCUAAAUAUCUGCGGCCAUGGCGACACGUCCCGAGAGGGUCCGCAGGACACAAAGAGCUCCGAAAAGCUGUUUUUUCUGCUCCCGACGCAAGACCAAAUGCGACAAAUCGAUUCCUUGCCGGCCCUGCCGAUCGCGAGGACAGGCUAAUGAAUGCUUUGUUGAAACAGUAGAGGUGAAAGGGCAGGUAGUGACAUCUGAUCAAACGCCAACUACUCAGCCCAGCUACUCAGAAUUAUUAGACGAAAAUGCCCGUCUCCGAUCGCUUGCACUGCAGGGGUCAUCUAAGAUCGCUCGUCCCAUUUCAUCAUUGGCUUUGAUAGACCAGGAAGAGCAGGAGCUCUAUCUUUGCCUCCGAACCCAUUAUCGGCCUGCGGGUAUUGCAAGUGCGUCGGAGGUCAUCUACCCAUCCGAUGAAUCUUGUCGUAUUCUCUUCUCCCAGGCUGCAAAGUGGGCCUGGCUUCACUCGGCCGUCUCUCCCGCCACUCUCGAGCAACAAGGGCUUCGAGAUAAACCAAACCAAUUAUGCAGAGAAUCGCCAACUACCUCGGACGCGUCGUGGUUAGCUCUGUAUUUCAGCCAUCUUACUGUUCGCAAUCCUGACCUGAUAGGGAUCGCAUAUGCAGAUGAGAUAUCUCUUGGGGAAUGUGGUAUCUCUAAAGAGAGGGUUGCUUUCUUACGAGAAAAUUGGUACGACGCUGCUUUGUAUUUCCUCCACCAAGCGGACUUUCUCCGUCUAUUGGAUGUCCGAAACAUCCAGACAAUCUCAAUUCUCGGAACCGUGUUCUCAAACUUUGGUGACCUGAAUCUAUACUACAAUCUGCUGGGAUGUGCAGUCCGGAUUGGCGAAAGCCUCGGGAUCAAUAAUGACUACACCCAUCAUACAGGGAUUCUCCCGGAUCUUGAAUCUCAGCGGUCUCUAUGGUGGUCUCUGGUCAUUCUGGACUGGCUAAACAUUCCAUUAGGCCAACCUUGCAUUCGUGAAAACGAUUUCCUGGUCGAGAUGCCUUUCAUCUCUGAAACACAGUCCGAUUGGGACUCCACCAACUACCAAGCCAACAUGUGCAAAGUGGCUCUGGUGCUGUAUAGGUUCCAAACAGCCAUCUGCGCCUCAAUGGACUGGGAAACUGUCGAAAAUGCGGUCAUCGUGGCUGAUGAGAAGCUCGUUAAUCUGAAGGCAGAACUGAGCUCGUGUACUGAGUCAGGGGGCCUCGAGAACACAUACGUGGGUACAGAUACGUCAGACGCCUCCGAUUGUAUUGGCUCUAUCCAGCGACGAAGUCUGCUGCUGAUACUGUUCUACUACCGCAUCCUGAUCAACCGCACACUUAUCCACCAGACACCAUCGACGAGAGCGAAGAAAGUUUCGUUUUCAAGAUGCUCCGAGUCCGCUCAUAAUAUACUCAAAUUAUGCACAGAUUUGGGUACCAAGGGCCAUUUGGUGGCUUCGUGGUACGGGCGUCUGGAUUCCAUUCCUCUUAGUCCAUUUCAUCUGACUGUAUCGAAUGUUUUGGUCGUAUACGGGUCUCGGUGUCGUUGUGAACCAGGCCAUGAUCACAUGGCGGAUGUUGCCGCUGCCGUUCAGAUAUUUGACUCUUUGUCGCACAAAAGUGCUUUUGGGUGUGGAAAACAGGGCUUCCCGUCCGCUCAGCCGUACUUAAGCCACACGCCGGGAGGUUUAGUGCCCCCAAAACCCCAUAUGAAGAGCUAA